AUGAGCAGGCAAGAGGAUUCCCGGGAAGCUCCUCCACAAGUACUAUCGGCUCGCAAAUUUAAAGAGCUACCGAGUCGAGCACGCAAGAUAACGCCAGCGGCAGCAGCAGCAUCGAACAAUGCCAAAACGAGCAAUGAGGCCGAGAACAUGUACCAAUGGUGUCUGCAUCAGCGCUCUCUCAACGCGUCCUACCGCCAGCAACUCGAGAAGCAACUGAGCAGUUCGCCCUUUGCAGACCUAUCAGAUUGGCUCAGCAGCACUGCCAGAUCGUACAGCAAACGAAGGAGGCAGAUAGAUGCCGAGUAUACCGAAGCCGCUGAAAAGUCACGUACAUACGACACGAACAAAGUCAAAGCUAACGAGAUCAAUCCAUCAUCUGCCAAGUCGGGCUCGCCUGCGAGCUUUUCCGCAGCCAACACCUCAAGCACAGCUGACAAACCGAGUCAAGAUGAACAGCCCGCGCCAGCAGAGCCAGUGUCCGACAAGCCCGCUUUCAAAUGGCCCUCAUCGACGCUCUUGAAGGACCCUUUUGCAGACAUGUACGACAAGCCCAAAUCGGCACAGUCCGACAAGCCAGCUGCACCAGCAUCUGCUCCGCCCAAGGUGGCUGGCCCCUUCACCUUCAUCCAGCCAGGAACUGCGAAACCUCAAGAGCCUGUAAGGACGCCCGUCACAUCUGCGGUAACAUCAGCAAGCAGCAAAUCAGAAGUGACAAAGCCCGCCACCGUGUCAGCAGAGAGCAAGCCCGCGCAGGCUCCAGAGGCGCACGUGACAGCAUCUGCGCCUGCACCGAAGCCUUUUGCCGGUUUCUCCUUCGGCACCGCAUCCUCCUUCGGAUCUGCCACCCCUCCGAGCGCCUCUGCGAAGCCACUCACUUCGGGCUUCAGCUUCGGCGCCGCAACAUCUGCAACGCCCCCAAAGCCUUCUGUUGGUUUUGGAUUUGGCGCUGCGGCUCACUCGACUGCUUCCCCGUUUGGCGCUCCCACCACUUCUCCUUUUGGCGCCACAUCAGCUUCGACGACCUCUGCAGCCGCACCUGCGGCAUCGCCAUUUGCGUUUGGGACGUCUGGACCGUUUUCUAACACCAAGGGUCUGCCGGCAAAGAUCGAGAUCUACGACCCGUCGAAAGCUGCUGCGAGCGAGUCAGAGAAGGCUUCGGAAGAUGACGGAACGCCAGAUCCCGAAGCGACAAAGAACUCGUUGACGUCUGGCGGAGCUGGUGAAGAGAACGAAGAGACGCUCUCGGAGAUACGUGCAAAGCUCUUUGUGACCCAGAAUGGCGAAGCGAGCCCCUUUGGCGGCGUCACUGUUCUCAAGCUCAAGAAGAACACUACCACUGACAAGUGCAGGAUACUCGGGCGCAGUGAUACCAACGGACGGGUCGUGCUGAACUUUUCUCUGCAUAAGAAUCUAGAGAUCAAAGUUGCGCCGAAAGAGAUCAGCUUCAUUGGCUUCAAUGAUCAAGGUGAUCUAACGAGCUUUCGAGGACGAAUCAAGCCAGGCGCAGCAGAUGAAUUCGCUCAGGCGGUCAAGGAGAGCGUAGAUCAUCUAUAA